GCUACUAAGGCGCCAAAGUAUGAUGAAAACGGGGGGUUUGACUUGUAUCGGGCGCGGCUGGAGUCGUAUCUAAGGCAGCGAGAUUGUUGGAAUGUUGUAUUGGGGACUGAGGGUCCUGAUGCUCAGAAUGCUGAACGACAACGAAUUUACGAGGAGCGGAACCUGUUUGCGCGAGAUACGUUGCUGUUUGGCCUUCUCCCGAAGGAUGCGAAGAAGAUCUGUACACUCGUUCGAGUGACUGAGAUGUGGACUGCUUUUGAGCGGGACAAAACACGACGAGACUUUGCAAAUAGCAUUUGCAUUGGUGCUAAAUUGUAUGGAGCGAAGUAUGCCAAAGGAAUGAACAUGGAUAAGUAUUUGGAGGAUCUUGAGGACUAUCGCCGGCAACUCGAGAACAUGAACGAUCCCAUCACAGAUGCUGAUAUGGCAAGUAUCAUACUGACGGGGGUGGAAGGAACCCAUCGGAAUGUGGUGCGGAUGUUUAACCGAGACGUCAAUCCUCCCGACUUGGAGCGUGUGCUCAAUACUCUGCGGAGUGAAGCUGAAAUGGAUGAAGCUGAGGAA